AUGCAAUUCCCCUCGCCUCUAGCCGCCCGGAGCUCCCCGGCGGCGCAGGCAGCACCCUCCUCCGAAGCAGCUGCUCCUGCACCUGGACAGCCUGGACCCUCGUGCCCUGCUCACGGGGCCUCGCGCGGGGGGCGCCCCGGGACUUCCCCUGCGGGCCGGGUGGAGGAGGAAGAGGAGGAGGAAGAAGAAGAGAGCUCGGGCCAGGACCCCCACCCUAUCAGGAACACCUGGCUGCGUUACUGUCACUUCUUUUUAAAGGAGAGGCGAAGAGAGCCAGUGAGAGCCAUGGGGGGCUGCGAAGUCCGGGAAUUUCUUUUGCAAUUUGGUUUCUUCUUGCCCCUGCUGACCGCUUGGACCGGCGACUGCAGUCAUGUCUCCAACCAAGUUGUGUUGCUUGAUACAACUACCGUGAUGGGAGAGCUAGGAUGGAAAACAUAUCCAUUAAAUGGGUGGGAUGCCAUUACUGAAAUGGAUGAGCACAACAGGCCCAUACAUACAUACCAGGUAUGCAAUGUCAUGGAACCAAACCAAAACAACUGGCUUCGGACUAAUUGGAUCUCGCGUGAUGCUGCACAGAAAAUUUACGUGGAGAUGAAGUUCACACUGAGAGAUUGUAACAGCAUCCCAUGGGUCCUGGGAACUUGUAAAGAAACAUUCAAUCUGUAUUAUAUAGAAUCGGAUGAGUCCCAUGGGACUAAAUUCAAGCCAAGCCAAUAUGUAAAGAUCGACACAAUUGCUGCGGAUGAGAGCUUUACUCAGAUGGACUUGGGUGAUCGCAUCCUUAAGCUCAACACUGAAAUUCGUGAGGUGGGGCCCAUAGAAAGGAAAGGAUUUUAUUUGGCUUUUCAAGACAUUGGGGCAUGCAUUGCCCUGGUCUCGGUCCGUGUUUUCUACAAAAAAUGCCCCUUCACUGUGAGGAACUUGGCUAUGUUUCCUGAUACCAUCCCAAGGGUUGAUUCUUCGUCUUUGGUUGAAGUGCGGGGUUCAUGUGUGAAGAGUGCUGAAGAGCGGGAUACUCCUAAACUCUACUGUGGAGCUGAUGGAGAUUGGCUUGUUCCUCUCGGAAGGUGUAUCUGCAGUACAGGGUAUGAAGAAAUUGAGGGAUCCUGCCAUGCUUGCAGACCAGGGUUCUAUAAAGCCUUUGCUGGGAACACAAAAUGUUCCAAAUGCCCUCCACACAGCUCAACCUACGUGGAAGCAACUUCCGUCUGUCAGUGUGAAAAGGGUUACUUCAGGGCAGAAAAAGACCCACCUUCUAUGGCAUGUACUAGGCCACCCUCAGCUCCUAGAAAUGUGGCUUUUAACAUCAAUGAAACAGCCCUGAUUUUGGAAUGGAGUCCACCUAGUGACACGGGAGGGAGGAAGGAUCUCACAUACAGUGUAAUCUGUAAGAAGUGUGGCUUAGACAACAGCCAGUGUGAGGACUGUGGCGGAGGACUCCGCUUCAUCCCACGACACACGGGACUGAUCAACAAUUCCGUGAUAGUACUUGACUUUGUGUCUCAUGUCAACUACACCUUUGAAAUAGAAGCCAUGAAUGGAGUUUCUGAGCUGAGCAUUUCUCCCAAGCCGUUCACCGCUAUUACUGUGACCACAGAUCAAGAUGCACCUUCUUUAAUAGGUAUGAUGAGGAAGGACUGGGCAUCCCAAAACAGCCUUGCUCUAUCGUGGCAAGCACCUGCUUUUACCAAUGGAGCUAUUCUGGACUACGAGAUCAAGUACUAUGAGAAAGAGCAUGAGCAGCUCACCUAUUCCUCCACGAGGUCCAAGGCCCCCAGUGUCAUCAUCACAGGUCUCAAGCCAUCCACCAAGUACAUAUUUCAUAUCCGAGUGAGGACUGCGGCAGGAUACAGUGGCUACAGUCAGAAGUUUGAAUUUGAAACAGGAGAUGAAACUUCUGACAUGGCAGCAGAACAAGGGCAGAUCCUGGUAAUAGCCACGGCGGCCGUUGGAGGAUUCACGCUCCUAGUCAUCCUCACUCUCUUCUUCCUCAUCACUGGGAGGUGUCAAUGGUACAUAAAGGCUAAAAUGAAAUCAGAAGAGAAGAGAAGAACACACUUACAGAAUGGCCACCUGCGAUUCCCAGGAAUUAAAACAUACAUUGAUCCAGACACCUAUGAAGACCCAUCCCUAGCAGUCCAUGAAUUUGCAAAAGAGAUUGAUCCUUCAAGAAUUCGCAUUGAGAGAGUUAUUGGAGCAGGUGAAUUUGGGGAAGUCUGCAGUGGGCGUUUGAAGACACCAGGGAAAAGGGAGAUCCCAGUUGCUAUUAAAACACUGAAGGGUGGUCACGUGGAUCGACAAAGAAGAGAUUUUCUGAGAGAAGCGAGCAUCAUGGGUCAGUUUGACCACCCCAACAUCAUUCGCCUAGAAGGUGUUGUCACCAAAAGAUCCUUCCCAGCAAUUGGCAUGGAAGCCUUCUGCCCCAGCUUCCUGAGGGCUGGGUUUCUAAACAGCAUCCAGGCCCCACAUCCAGUGCCAGCAGGAGGAUCUCUGCCCCCCAGGAUUCCUGCUGGCCGACCAGUAAUGAUCGUGGUAGAGUAUAUGGAGAAUGGAUCCCUCGACUCCUUUUUGCGGAAACAUGAUGGUCACUUCACUGUCAUCCAGUUGGUCGGCAUGCUGCGGGGCAUCGCAUCAGGCAUGAAGUAUCUUUCUGAUAUGGGAUAUGUUCAUCGAGACCUAGCAGCCAGGAAUAUACUGGUGAACAGCAACUUAGUGUGCAAAGUCUCUGAUUUCGGUCUCUCCCGAGUAUUGGAGGAUGAUCCAGAAGCAGCUUAUACAACAACUGGUGGGAAAAUCCCUAUACGGUGGACGGCCCCAGAAGCUAUUGCCUACAGAAAAUUCUCUUCAGCAAGUGAUGCCUGGAGCUAUGGCAUCGUCAUGUGGGAGGUGAUGUCCUAUGGAGAGAGACCAUAUUGGGAAAUGUCCAACCAGGAUGUUAUUUUGUCCAUUGAAGAAGGUUACAGGCUUCCAGCUCCGAUGGGCUGCCCACCGUCUCUACAUCAGCUCAUGCUCCAUUGCUGGCAGAAAGAAAGAAACCACAGGCCAAAAUUUACUGACAUCGUCGGCUUCCUUGACAAACUGAUCCGCAAUCCCAGUGCCCUUCACACGCUGGUGGAGGACAUUCUUGUAAUGCCAGAAUCCCCUGGCGACGGUCCUGAAUAUCCAUUGUUCGUCACAGUUGGUGACUGGUUGGAUUCUAUAAAGAUGGGGCAAUACAAGAGUAACUUCAUGGCAGCAGGUUUUACAACGUUUGAUCUGAUCUCAAGAAUGAGCAUCGAUGAUAUUAGACGAAUUGGAGUCAUACUCAUUGGACAUCAGAGACGAAUAGUCAGCAGCAUACAGACUUUACGUUUACAUAUGAUGCACAUACAGGAGAAGGGGUUUCAUGUAUGAAAGUACUAUAAACACCUGUAUUUUGUGCCUCAGCAUUUCUACAAAGAAAGAUAUACCCUCUACAACUCAUUCUUCUGAUUCUCCAGACAUCCCUUCACAACCCACAGUCUCCUGUUCAGACUCUGGCUGCACACCUUACGUUUAUGCUUCCACCCUGGAUUCCAAUAUCCUGCUACACAGGUCCUCUCUGAAUAGCCUGCAAAUGAAACCCUGGCCCACUGCAGAUUAUCACUACAUAAUGAUAAAUAACUCAGCAUGAAUGUGUAACUUUGUAUAGAAAUGUUUGGGAAGUGUUCAUGGACUUAACCUAAAGGAAUGUGUUCAGGUGUGGCAUCUUCAAAGAUGUACGUAGCGUUUGAUGAUAG